CAUUUCUCCGUUUCGCAUGGCGAUAUCCUCGAAUUGUCCUUCACGCAGAAAGGAGGCACAUUGGUCUACAAGUCCACCACCGCACAUCACAUAUCGAACAUCGUCUGCAAGAAUGGGGACGAGUCCCGCGAGGUUGCCAAUAUACGGUGGCAAAACUUCGAAAUAGGGACGAUAAUGGUCGACAUCGUUGGACAGGAAGAAAUGCAUCUAGAAGAGUUCCUCAAGUUCGUUAAAGAUGUCGGGUUGGAACAUCGUUUUGUUGCCAAAGGUCGAACUUUGCACGCCUCGUUUGCAACGGAUCACUUCGUUUUGACGAACCCUGACGAUACCCUGCUAGGUCAGGACAACCGUGUCCCCGCCGGGCUCUUCCGCCACCCCACCCCAGAUUCGUUCGACGUGUCAGCCGACCUGCUCGACGUCAUGGACUACAUCUUCAUCGCCUACCUCUGCAUGGAACGCGCACGACGGGAGAGGUCAGCGGGUGUGCAGUCGAGAGCAUAUUCACAGGCGUGGCGCGACGGAGGAACGGGGACACUCGGGCAGGGCGUAUUUUCGAUGGCGGGGUAGUGUGGGAUCAGCGGGUCUAACCUUUCCUCGUGAAUUCAACACCGCGUAUUAUUCCUAAUAUGGCAAUACCCCGUUGAGCUACCUUGCCCGGUAUCGGGCAAUAAUUGGACCUUCAAAAUGGGUGUGAUCGGGACUGACGUGGCUAUGUCCCCCACAAUCCAUUCGAUCACCUCUCGAGCUUUGAAUGUGUUAACCUGCUAUCGCA